AUGGUUUGUAUGACGGCACGUGAGCAACAAACAAAAUAUCAAAAUAACUAUCAUCGUCAACAACAAUCAGCGAACGCGGUAAAGAAUGAGCGCGCAGCAAUAACACUCACAGACGAAGUCGUUCGUAAAAAGGCAGAAUAUCAAAAACAUUUGGAGGGUUAUAAAGCACUGCGUACACGUUUCGAGGAACACUACAUAAAAUCCGGUCGUGGUGGUCGCAAGUUGGACGAUGUACGCGAUAAAUAUCAGAAAGCCUGCCGCAAAUUACAUCUCACCCACAACGAAUAUGUACUCUCCAUCACCGAAGCUGUUGAGGUGGAAAAAGAUUUCCGUACAGUAUUACUGCCUGGACUGCUGGAGCAUCAACAAUCCGUGCAAGAAAGUUUCAUUCUACUCUGGAAGAAUAUACUGCAGGAGACCAGUCAACAUGGAGAUCUCACAUCUGACAAAUUCAAAGAAAUACAAAAGCGAAUUGAUAAUGUGAUAAACAGCAUAAAUCCCAGUGAGGAGUAUCGGGAAUUCACUGAGAAACACAAAACCUCCCCCGCCACACCGCUUGUAUUCCAAUUCGAUAACGCACUCAUCGAGGACAUACCUGGCAAACUGCAAUCAAAUACGCUAACAGUCGAUAAUCUUACCGUCGAUUGGCUGCGAUCGCGCCUGAUUGACUUGGAACUCGCAGUGAAGGAUUGCCAGGAGAAACAGCUAAAGAUGAUCGAGCAAGCGAAUGGUGGUUCACCUAUAGCGAAUGGCAGCAUAACGCGUAACGGUAGCACCGCUAGCAAUGGCAUCCAAUCCCCGAAGGAUAGUCAAAAUAGGCAAUCAAAGGACCUCGGUUCACUGCGUUGUCAGGAAAAACAAAAACAAAAGUUGGUGGAUAUGAUUAAGUGUGCUUUAAAUGAGAUUGGCUGCGAAGAGUUGCCAUCUGGCUGUGAUGAUCAUUUGGAACAAAAUUUCAUAGAAAAUAGUUUUAAUAACGAUCAACAGAACUCUGCGGCAUCCACCAAUUCCACU